UGAGUUGUACGUGCAACAAGUACGCUUGCGCAAUGAGGAAGUUGUUUUCCCGAUUGAAUCUUGAAAAUUGUCCAGUUUUCCACAGUCUCCAUCCGUGUAUCGUGUUGAUGUUACCCAUCUUUGAGAGAAAAUUUUCGUCAAAUAAACAUGAAUAAAGAAACCUGAAAAGAUGCUGAGUCCGAAGAUGCAAAGAACUAUCCGAGUGAACGAGAAUCAGCUGAUAAUGUUAUCAGAAAGGGCUCACUAUGACCACUCUCAAGCCGGCUAUUUGCAUAAGAGAUCAGCGGACAGCAGUAAAUGGCAGCUGAGGUGGUUCGUGCUUUACCAGAACUUGCUGUUUUACUACGAUUCGGAAAAUUGCCAUCGACCCAGCGGCGUCCUCCUGCUGGAGGGAUGCUACUGCGAGCGACUUAUCACCACCGGAAGCGCCUCAAAGACCAAGGAUGGGUCCGAGAAGCAGUACUGUUUCGCUAUAUCGUACAGAAGAGAAAAUAUUCGCCAGUACGAGCUAAGAGCUUUAAAUGAAAUGGAGUGUAAAAACUGGAUUGAAGCUAUACGAGAUGCAAGUUUUAACAAGUUGCUGUUGCAAAAGGAAGAACUGGAACAGAAACAUUUGCAUUUGUUACAAAUCGUCGAAUCGGAAAAAACAGCAAAGUGGCAAUAUACACAGCAAUGCGAGGAGUUGGCUUCUGAAAUUAAAAAGCUGCGAGCUGAGUUGUUUGCUUUGAAAAAAGAAUGGAAGCCCAUUCCAACGCACCAAUCGACGAGCAGUUUGACAUCAAAUCAAGGGACAUCUACAUCGACCGUCUCCGGUCCAUUUGCUCACGUUGAGCAAGACUCGGCCGAAUUAAGAAAAAUUAAGAAAGUUCAAAGCUUUUUCCGCGGAUGGCUGUGUCGUCGACGUUGGAAACAAAUCGUCGAACAAUACAUCAAAAGCCCUCAUGCUGAAAGUAUGAGAAAACGCAACAGUCUCGUAUUCCGCAUGGUUGAAGCCGAAGAAGAGUACAUGGAGCAGAUGGAAGUGCUCGUCUCGUGUUUUUUGCGCCCGUUUAAAAUGGCCGCAUCGUCGAAAAAACCGCCAUGUUCUCACGAAGACGUCAACUCGAUUUUUCUGAACAGCGAGACGGUGCUAUUUUUACACCAAAUUUUCCUCAAAGGGUUAACAUCAAGACUUGAAAGCUGGCCUACCUUAGUUUUAGGGGAUUUAUUUUCCAUGCUACUUCCUAUGCUAAGCAUCUAUCAAGAGUACGUCAGAAACCACCACUACUCCCUUCAAGUACUCACCGAGUGCAAACAAUCACCGCAGUUUUCGGCUAUGCUUAAGCGACUCGAAAGCAAACCCGCCUGCCAUGGCAGAUCCUUAGAGACUUUCCUCACAUAUCCUAUGCAUCAGGUUCCGAGGUACAUUAUCACCCUCCACGAGCUGCUAGCCCACACCCCCCACGACCACGUCGAACGAAAGAGCCUCCAGAACGCCCGCCAACAGCUGGAGGACCUCUCCAGACAAAUGCACGACGAAGUGUCGGAAACCGAGAAUUUACGCAAAAACCUGGCCGUUGAGAGAAUGGUCGUCGAAGGCUGCGACAUCCUUCUCGACGUUAACCAAGUUUUCGUCCGUCAAGGCAGUCUAAUCCAACUACCGACCGAAAAACACAGAAGCUCGAGAAGCAAAUUAAACUUCAAAAGCGAAAAGGAAUGCGUCCGACAAUGUUUCUUGUUUUCGAAUCAUCUCAUCAUCGCCACAAGGACUUCGAGCGGAAAACUCCAUUUAGUCCCAGACAUCGGCAAAAUACCCCUAGCUGACGCGCUCCUGAUCGAGGAUCCAAGUGACAACCCUGAAGACGAUGGUAGUGCAAACACGCUAAUGCGGAAAGGUAAUUAACUCCGAUUUUCAGAAUCAUCGGUUUGUUCAGUUUCGAGCCAAUCGUCGGGAAUUUCCGAAACGUCGGCGGCUAGCUGCAGUUUGCACAACCGCGACUUCAAAAUCAUCGUCGACCUGAAGGACGGAUCGCAGCCUGGCCAGGUCACGGUGCAUCUGUUGGCGUCGUCCAUGCAGGAGAAAGCCGCAUGGAUUUCCGAUAUCAGCCAGUGCUUGGAUAAUGUCCAAUUUAACGAUAUGAUACGGCCGACGAUGUCUGAUAACAGCUCCAUCACUCUUCCUCAAUCGCUGAAGAAUGACCCAAAGUUGUUUAAAGACGAGGCAGAUAUCCGGUUCAGUAGAACAAUGAACUCUUGUAAAGUUCCUCAAAUAAGAUACGCAACACCAGAACGCCUUCUUCAAAGACUAACUGAUUUAAGAUUCCUCUCCAUAGACUUCUUAAAUACAUUCCUCCUUACAUAUCGCGUUUUUACCGACGGCGUAACUGUCCUGGAAGCUUUAAAGAAAGUGUUCUAUAGUAGUGAUCCCGAACCGCAAGGCUCUGUUAUUUCCCUCGAAGUAUUUUCGAACAAAGACGAAAAUACCUUACAAUUAUACGAUGACCGAAGACGUAGUAGUUUUUCCCCGCGUAGAACAAGCGGUGCUAGCUCUGUCUCCGGCUACGGCUCAGAAAUGAGCGAACGGGACAGAUCCCACAGUUACGACUCUCAAGGCCACAGGCAUUGGAAAGCAACUUUGCAAAAAUACGAGGAAGAGAGCCACGAGCAAACCCACCCGAGAAUCAUUAGACAGAGCCCGACCGCACAACACAAAGACUCAGUUUCGCCCCCAGUCCAAAAGUCCAUCUCCAUCAGAGUCGAACAGUCCGAAACCCCAAAAGAAGACAAAACCCACCUCGCCAUCCCCAAAGUCGCCGCGUCCAGCAGCAGCGAAACUUUAACAGAUGUGACAGUGCUAAGUGCUCCCUGCUCGCCCAGCAACCUAAGCUCGGUAACACUAGUCGGCUCCUCCCCGUCCGACACCACCGAGGGCGAAACCGGAACUUCGCCCAAAAAACCACCAUCACCCAAGAAAGAACCAUCACCGACCAAAGAGCCCCCACACCAGAGACCCUCAAUCGUCGAGCGCAAAGUCGAACGCGGCACUUCGGAGGACACCGAAGAAGAUAUGACACAGUUUUUUAACACCAUGCACCGGGCAUCGUGCAGCUCCUCGCGAUCCGCCAGCAUCUCCACCACCACCACGAGCGCAGUCCUCCAGAGCUACUACGGGUCCCGGCGGUCAAUGCAAGAGGGCGAAGCCACGUCAACCGCCCGCUCCAGCUUCCAGCACGACUCCCCCCAGAAGCCCAGCAAGGCAGGGGUGGUCAUAACGUCCUUCCGACAGUCGAAGCGAAGGAGCAGCACCUCCAGCGCGGCUGCCGCCUUCGCCAUCGCCACCUCCGGCUCGAGCAACCCCCGGGACCUGUCCCCGAGCGCCCGCGGGGGCGGCAUGAUGGACCAAGACGAGUUCGCCAUGGAACGGAACCGGUACAAGGAGAACGUCAUCUCGACCGCUUGCACCAUGAGGGUUUUGAACGUUUUGAGACACUGGAUCUCGAAGCAUGCGCAAGACUUCGAAAACGACCACAAGUUGAAGAACUUGACGAUUGAGUUCUUGGAUGAUAUUAUCUACAGCCCCAACUUGCUCCCGGCGGAGCACAAGGCCGCAGCUCAGCUCUUGCGAUUGCUGACGAAGGAGGAGUCCGAGAGCUCGAAAGUCGACAUUUUCCAGCUGGUUUCGGCGCCUUCGACCCCGAGCAAGGAGAGCAUUGAGACGCUUUCAGCGCUUGAGAUCGCGGAGCAGUUGACGUACAUUGACCACCAGAUUUUUAUCUCGAUUUCGAGCGAGGAGUUCCUGGGACAGGCUUGGAUGAAGAACGAUAAGACCAGCCGCGCUCCGCAUAUUCUCCUGAUGACGAAGCGUUUUAACGACGUUUCUUGCUUGGUGGCGUCGGAGAUCCUCCGCCGGCCCUCUCUGUGUGCCAGGGUUGCGGCGAUAGAGAAAUGGGCCGCUGUGGCCGACAUUUCGCGCUGUUUGCACAAUUUUAACGGUGUUUUACAGAUCUGUUCGGCGUUUACUAACAGCUCCGUGUUCCGUUUGAAGAAAACUUGGGAUAAAGUGUCGAAAACGACGCGGCAAACUAUCGAGAAAUUGCAAAAUAUAGUGUCGUCAGAUGGGCGGUUCAGGUCGCUGCGGGACGCUCUCCACAGAUGUGACCCGCCGUGUAUCCCCUACUUGGGGCUUUAUCUAACUGAUUUGUCUUUUAUCGAAGAAGGAACACCAAAUUUUACACAAGAUGGGCUCUUGAACUUUUCUAAGAUGAGAAUGAUUGCUCAUGUUAUUCGGGAGAUUCGUCACUUUCAGCAAACCCCAUAUAAAAUUGAGUUGAUACCUAAAGUCGCCAACUAUUUGUUGGAUUCGUCGUUGUGGAUGGAUGAUGAAGAACUUUACAAUACCUCGUUGGAAAUCGAGCCGCGAACCUCACGUCUGAGCACUUCAGCUCUGGGGCAGUUGUCUUUAUCGUCAAAAUCUUAACUCUUAACAAUAAUCGGCAAUCUUAUGGACGCGACAAUCGAAAC